GACCCUGAUCUCGCACCCUCAAGAUGGGUGGCAGCCACUCCGCGCUCCGGGCAGACGUGAGCCCCCUGGCCUUUCUGCGGACGCUAGAGUAAGGUUCAGUCAUUCACGUCUUCAGUAUGUCAUUCCCGGUGCGAUUGUUGUGCAUGCAGGAAGCUGGACGAGGAUGAGAAGAUGGGUGAUGAGGCGAAGCUGGCGGCCACUCGUGAGCUCUUCGAGAAGGCCAAGAAGAGACGAGGUCUGGCCGACAAAAAGGGGCAGGUGACAACACGCGACGAGAGGGACCACAGCUAUGACCAACAGCUGGUCGAGGGAGGCACCUUGGCAGGUGAAAUCCAGGCAAAGGCAGCAAAGCACAUGCCUCACACGCCGUCCCAUUUACCGUACUCUCACCUGCAGGCAAGCCGUGCAAAGGCAUCAUGCGCUUCAUCCGCGCCAUGAGCGACAGGCCUGGCCGUGGGUGGCGCCGUCUCGGCCUGGAGGUUGCGUCGAGCUUCUUUUCGGUGGCUGCGGCACGGGAGGAGAUGGUCAAGAUGGACAUCGCCUAUCGCAUUGUCGUCUUCUCACUGCCGGAGAGCGAUGCACAGACCAGGACGGCCGACUUUGUGCAGCACCAAGUCUUCGCCGCCAGGCUGCUGAACGAUAUGGCCGAUUUUCCCGAGUUUUUCCCGUCUCUGCUGUCCUCCACAACCAUGAACGCCCUCUGUCUCCUGCUCACGCAGCUGGCCGAAGUAAGCAGGACAGCUCAAGCAUCCCUCUCCUGUGUCGUCCUUCCAUCCAUCCAUCCAUCCAUCCUGAUCAUCAGGUGGAAGCCCUCGUCUUGCAUUGCUUCGCCCGCCUGAGCGAAUGGCUGGACAAUCUGGAGCCUAUUGUAGACCAAGGGGCCCUUGAGUACCUGUCACAAUUCUUCCGCACCUCCCGCCCAUCCAUGUGUGUCGCUGCCAAGAGGAAGCUUGGCAGCAGUAGCAGGGGAGACAGGGAGAGCGAGUCGUCGGCCACUGUGGGGGAGAGGCAUCUGCGAGCCAUCCAGUACUGUGCCUCGGUGCUCGCCACAUUUGUCAGAUUCGGCAGCAGUGUCAGCGUGGAGUACUCUGUCAUCCUGGAGGCGUUGCAGCACACAAGUGACAUCAAGGUGCUCGCGGAGAUCUCACGCCUGCUGUAAGUGAAGGGAAAGAAAGAAAGAAAUGAUGCCGUCCACUUGCCGUUUCUUGAUAUGACAGGUACUGGCUGCUGAGACGUCAUUCGCCCAAUGAGGUCCUCAGCAGGCUGGAGGCGGCCGCUCAGCCUUCGUCGCUGCAGACAGUGGUUGCCACCCUCUGCUCUGCGUGGACACACAAAGCCCUCCCGCUCAUCCAACCACACCAAACAGACAGCGACAAGGCAGGUGCAGGUGGUGGUGCACGGCUGGUCACAUCGCCAUGCACCAGUCCGUGCCAGAAGGCGUCUGGUGAUGAAGAGGAGCACAGGCGGUGGGCUGACCGGUUUGUGUGUCACAUGAAUCUGUCGCUGUGGCUGCUGCUGCCACUGAGCCAGUUCAGAUGGCGGGCCGCGAGGGCUGAGGGCAUCAAGGGUAGGUUCGUGAGACAAUGGACACAUGUGAUGCCUUCUUCUUCUGGUCAUUGUCUCUCAUGUGUGCAGGUUUGAGUGCCGCGUUCGCAAUGCCCGACAGCCUGCUCGGACAAGUGAGAUACAUUCAUUUACUUAUACGUACCAAUCCGCUAGCUCUAACACACAGGUUGAUGUGUUUUCUGCAGGCCACCUUAGGGUGUGUUCGGCAGAUGAUGGACACAGCAGAAGUGCGGCAAACAGGCAAGCAGCACAAACAAACAAGACUCGCCAAUCGAUCACGGCACUUGCGUGUCUCUUUUCCUUUGGUGGCUUCAGAGAACGCCAAGAUGCUUCGGUUCUUCUGCUGCCAGGUCCUGUGGCUGCUGCACCGCACACACGUGCAUGACGGCCACACCAGCGAGGACAGACUGGCCAUGCUCUCACUCCUGCUCGACACACUCGCAGCGUGCUCCACCACACGAGACAACCAACAACUUCUUAGAGACGCCGACGUCUGGCAGCUGCUCAGCAAGUAACUACAGAGCACAUCUGUGUCUGUCUUCAUGCCUCAUCUCCAUAUGUCUGUGUGCGUGUAUGGUCAGCUGGGGCAUUCUCAGUUUGGAGCAGUCCUUCCCUCAUGAAGAUGACGCAGUAGUGAGACAGGCGUUGGAGCUCAGCUGUCUACGGUGCCUCACGAGCGUGGCCACCCACCCCCUACACCGUCUCGCCCCACUCACCCCAUACCCACCACGAACCGAUGACAUAGCCAGCAGCAGCGGCGGCGGCGGCUACACUGGCCAAAGGAACUUCUUGUCCUACCUGACUUCUCUGGUGGGAUCGCAGUCAGCCCAUGUGUCCAACCUCGCCACUUUCACGCUGAUGGCCGUGUCGGAGGACUCCUUCCUGGGCGAGAGGGAGGCAUUCAUGACACUCUUCGCAUCCAUUCUGCAGGCAUGGGAGCGGAAUUCCUCGUUCAACUAUGACGAGAGAGCCGCAACGGGCAGUCACCCCGCUGCUGCUGUUGCUGCUGCUGCUGCUGCUGAGAAGGCAGAGGGGCAGAUAUCAUCGCGCAUCGAUCCUCGGUUCAGGUCCCUCUUCAUCAGGGGGGAGCUGGUCAGGCUCCGGAUGGACUUCCUCACCACCACCGCGGCGCUCACGUGCACCUCGCCCUACAUAGCCACCACAUGUCUCUCGUGGCUCUCUCGUGUGGCCCUCGAGCCAGCCUACAAGCAGGUGGUGCUCGACAGCUGUUUGUCGAAGGUGCUGCUUGUCCUGGCGCGAGGCGUCAUGGCGGAGGUGAGGGAAGCUGCUGCCCUGGUGGCCAACCUGCUGUGGGGCCAUCAUUCGUUGGUGUGCUGGCUCAAGAUGGACACGGAGCAUGGGGUGGCUGUCGACUCGGCUUGUGUGCUGGUGCCGCGAAAGGUGGGCUCGCCUGUCCACGUGCCGAUCGGUGAGUGACGGAAUGACAAAGAGACAGAAACACCACUGAUCGCUUCUCAUCCUUUGAUUGUCAGGUCUAGGUAUGUUCGGUGACACGUGGGGUUUUGACUUCAUCAAGAACAGCUGGAUAGAGCUCCAACCGUCCGGUGUGCAGCCUUCCGCUCCUCCAGGGCUCCUCAUCGCCGCCCCCACCAGCGAGACAUUCGACUCCCUCCCACACACAUUCUCACCGCUACGAGAAGAGCAACCCACCAACGCCCUCGGCCUUCCGGGCGUCGGCACCGGCAGAGUCGAGAAAUCCCGGCCGUCAGAUGCGAUGACGUGGACAAUGACGUGCUGGGUGCGCAUGCCGCUGUCGCGAGACACCGACCACUGCCUGGUUGAGAGCAUCAGGGGAAACAGGGUGCUGGCCAUCAGCAGGGAAGGGGCGUGGAGCGUGACCACGAGAGAUGGCGAGGUGGUCUCUGUGGACGUGCCACAGCUGCAGGAAGGCUGGCACCUGGUGAGUGUCGUAUCCUCGGCCGAUGGUGGCACCAGGAUCGGUGUCGACGGUUGGCAGUAUUCGCUAACCUCUGUGUGGAUCGACAAUGCCUUCUAUGCCGUCGGCAACACACGCAAGGGAGACGAGCCGUUCGGGGUCAUCUGCGAUUUCCGCAUCUACUCGACUGCUUUAUCGCCGGCAGAUAUGUCUGUGAUGCUGGAGGGCCACGUGCGUGACCAUCCUGACGGCAUCGUCAAGAGGCUGCACGAGGCAGACGCUGCCGUCGCGUUGUCGAGGGGGCUCGCUGUGCCUGACUCAAGGGCCGAGGUGAUGAUGGGAAAACUCUGAACAAAGCAAUUCUUCUAUGCCUUGGACACGUUGCAGGCCCUGCGGGCGUUGGCGAAUUUGGCUACGCAUUCGCCGAGGCGUGCACAAGUGAGACGAGUUGUACAUGGAGGUUGACAUGAGAAGUUCCAUGCGUGUCGGUGCGUGUCAGGUGUUUUCGGUGUGUUGGCCAUUGUUGUUGGAGUACGUCAACUGCAGUCAGAGCCCCAUGGUGCAGCGACAGGCCACUCGCCUGCUGCAGAUCCUACAAUGAUACAGACAGGCAGACAGGCAGACAGGCAGACAGGCAGACAGACAGCAGAAACAGUGCAUCACGUGUGUAUAUAUAGUUCGAUGCAUCGCAUGUGAGACUUUUGCGAUAGACUUUGAAUGAAGGAGUGCUCUGUUGUCGCUAAAUCGAGUCAUGCAUGCCCACAUGGCUGUCUGUGCCUGGACUGCCCACAUCUGCCGACGACAUGGCGGACACUUCUAUGUGGAUGUCUGCCUGGCGUGUCAGGUCUGUGGUGGAUCUGCUGUCUCUGCUGUGACUGUCUGGUCUGUCUACCCAUGACACGUACUUGGCGUCCAUGCACAUGUUCAUAUGUCGAUACGAUAUACCACUGCUGCCAC